AUGUCAGAGUCAGAUAGUUUGGAAUCGCAAAAAUCUCAAUUCUCUGGAAGGCAACAACCCGACCCUUUAAAAUGCCCAAGAUGUGAGUCAACAAACACAAAGUUCUGCUACUACAACAACUACAACAAAAUGCAACCUCGAUACUUUUGCAAAGCUUGUAAGAGGCAUUGGACGGAAGGUGGCAUUCUUCGUAGUGUCCCCAUUGGUGGUGGACGGAAAAACAAGCGACUCAGACGACCUACCAUCACCGCCACCGCUGCCUUGGCUAUUAGGAACAACCCAUCUAAAGAUGAAGAUAGUCUUCUCGGGAUAAUAAGUGAUCCCAAAGAUACAUCUGACGUUGGUAAAACAUCAAUCGUUAAACAAAUUGGUUGUGAAAUGAGAUAUGAUGUGGAAUCAUACACAGAUAUCGAAGAGUUAAAGGGUUUGGUUUCGUGGGAUUUCAGUGGGAGCUUUAUAGGUUGUACAUUGCAACAAUCGGUUGAUCAUCCAAAAUUAGAGUUUUCAAAAACUUUAAAUUGUUUUCAGACAAACGCUAGUUCGUAUAUUCCAAGAACUUGUACCGAAUUGCUCGAAAAUGAUGAUGAUUCAACUAUUACAACAGCAAGCAUGAUCAUGCCAAGUUCUCAACAAUGCCAACUUCCUAGCACAAGCAAUUUCUUGGAGCUAAAUAAUUGGAACUGGAACGAUCUUGAUACUAUGAUUCCAGAUGAUCUUGAUAAACCUUGA